UCGCCCAGCAGUUCAAGCAGCACCACUGGAGAGGCAGCGUCUCCUCAAAACCAAGGGAGAGAGAGGAAAAAAGGAGAAAACAACUGAAGGGCCUCAUAUUUAUAGAAAGGGCCCAAAACUGAAGACAACUUCCAGGAUUCCAGGAGACAUUUUGAAGGACUGAUAACUUCCUCGGUCUGGCAGCAAAAUGAGCUGGAGUUUCCUGACUCGUCUGCUGGAUGAGAUCUCCAAUCAUUCCACCUUUGUGGGAAAGAUCUGGCUCACAUUGCUCAUCGUCUUCCGGAUCGUUCUGACGGCGGUCGGGGGAGAGUCCAUCUACUACGAUGAACAGAGUAAAUUUGUCUGCAACACGCAACAGCCUGGUUGUGAGAACGUUUGCUACGACGCGUUCGCGCCUCUUUCGCACAUUCGCUUCUGGGUGUUCCAGGUGAUCAUGAUCACCACGCCGACCAUCAUGUACCUCGGCUUUGCCAUGCACAAGAUCGCCCGCAUGGAAGACGACGACUACAGGCCCCAGGGCAGGAAGAGGAUGCCCAUCGUCAAUCGGGGGGCCAACAGGGACUAUGAAGAGGCGGAGGAUAACGGCGAGGAGGAUCCUAUGAUCCUGGAGGAGAUUGAGCCUGAUAAGGAGAAGGAAUCUUCAAAGAAGCCCAUAAACAAGCACGACGGGCGGCGGCGCAUCAAAAGAGACGGGCUGAUGAAGGUCUACAUCUUCCAGCUGCUAUCGCGCGCCGUCUUCGAGGUCUCCUUUCUGUUUGGGCAGUACAUCCUCUACGGGCUGGAGGUGGCGCCUUCCUACAUUUGCACUCGCUCCCCCUGCCCUCACACGGUGGAUUGCUUUGUGUCGCGUCCCACUGAGAAAACCAUCUUCCUGCUCAUCAUGUACGGCGUCAGCGCUUUGUGCCUGCUCUUCACGAUGCUGGAGAUAAUUCACCUCGGCAUCAGCGGGAUCCGGGACUGCCUCUGCCGGCCGCGACCACGUUCCCGUGCCUCUCGCAACUCCGCCUUGGCCAGCCAGAGAUCCUCCAUCAGCCGCCAACCCUCGGCGCCACCAGGCUACCACACCGCUCUGAAGAAGGACCCGUCUGGAAAAAUGGCUUUCCAGGAUAACCUGGGAGACAUGGGCCGCGAGUCCUUCGGCGACGAGGUGGAAAGGAUGCGCAGACACCUGAAACUGGCCCAGCAGCACCUGGAUUUGGCGUACCAGAACGAGGAGAGCAGCCCACCUCGCAGCAGCAGCCCGGAGUCCAACGGCACCGCCGUGGAGCAGAACCGACUCAACUUCGCCCAGGAGAAGCAGAGCAGCGCCUGCGAAAAAGGUCUGCGUGCUUAAAAAAACAAAAGGACAAAAAGGGAAAUGAUUGCCUUGCUUGAGGUGGAUGAAGAGCCAAAGCCUUCCAGUGUUACGUCCUGCUGCGGCGUCAUCUCAAUGAGCAGAACUUCACUCGGCAGACCCAAAGUGCUUUUUAACUGCCAUCAUGCAACACAAAUGGUAACGGUUGACAUGUGCAUCUCCCUCAGGGCAGCUAACUUUAGAUACUAUAUGGAUAUUUUAUUAUGAGACUUCUUGUCAUUUCUGUCUUUUUUUUUUUUUUGAGUCUGUGUAAAUCUCAAGUUUGCCUUAGACUUGAGCUGGAAUUUUGUUAAAGAAAGGCCAAGCCAGUCGUUUUUGUAACUUUUGUAUUUGAGAUGAUUGGGUGAUUGUAGAAGCGAACAAAAGGUAGAACAGGGCGUCUGGAAUCAAGGAGCGGUACUGGGAGUUAUCGUCUAAUGAAGACUGUAAACGAUGUUGAUCAUCACAUAAGGGCUUCUCUCAAGUGUCUCCCCAUUUCUUUUGUGCUUAAUGUCAGUGUUGGUCCUGAACUGGUCAACAUUUCCGAAACCUGGAACCUGUGGCCUGUACUGUGAAGCUGUGGUUCCUCCUUCGAAACAUUCCUCCUCUGUAUCUCAUUCCAGAACAAAUGAUCCCUCCUUCCUCUUUCAGGUUUUGGGUUCCCUUUCCCUCUGGAAGUGGACUUCAGUCAGAACGUGUCAUAUUUUCAGUAUUAGUUAAUUACGACUUGUUUACUUGUGAUUUUCUCCCUUGUAUUCUUCUUUCCUUUCCCUCCUUGUUGGUGUUCCUUCUUUCUAUCCUUCAUUCCUUCAUCUCGGCUCUGUUUACAUCCCUCCUUGGCUCCUCGUUUCCUUCCUUCCCAGCCCUAUAAAUCCUGACUCUUAAACUUACAAAGUUUAGACCUUUUUAUACUUUAUAUAACGAUCUAACCUCACUAUUUUGGACUUGGGGAUUCCUAUAAAAUAAUAACUUAAAGGAACAUUGGCUGUUGGCUGAUUCUUCCAUGUCCUUUCCUUCUUAUCUCGGAGCCGUUUCCAUUGCGCUGCUCUGAUCUCAGUCAGGGUAAAUGGGUCGAACCUUCGCAGUACAGGCCUGAUGUCAGGAACCGGAACACUUGAGGUGCCUUUGUCCAAAGGAAUAAACAAACCUGGGUAAUGCUUGAAAAAGAAGAACCAUGUUACUCUUGAUUAUUGCCAUGUAUUAUUUUAUAUGUUUAAUACGGUUCUUUAUUUUUGUAUUCUGAGUAUUGUUGUUAGGAUUCUGUGUCGUACAAGAAUGGCGUUCACUACUGUCUCUGCUCUCUGUGGCUGGAUUCUGAGUGAACCUGUGUUCUAGAAAGCCGUUCGGUAUGUUUUUGAAAGAUAAAGUGCAGCAGUUUGUUUUUUUAUUUUAAUUUUUUCCUGUCGCUUCAGUCUGUUUCUUCUUUUACUCGGUACGUUUGUGACCAGGAGAUGUUUACUUCUGCAGCCCCCUUUCCUCCUCAGUUUUAACUGGAGAAGCUGUGUGCCACAUUCCCCAUUGCUCUAAGUGCUGAUUUCUGGAGCUUGAUGCUCCGGACCUGAAAUGAUGGUUGCGAACAAAUUUCUACAAUGUGAAUUUCUUCUUUGAUUGCACCAAGUUUUGUAUUCAGACUCAUAACCACAGUGCCGUUAGUAAACCAUAAACAUCAUCUCAGAUAUUUUUGACCAAACCUUUUUGUACUUUUUUAAUGUUUUGUAUUGCUUAGUACCUUGUGGUUUUGAAAAUAAACGGUUUUUACAAACAUGA